AUUUUCUUUUUUUCUCUCUCUCUCUCUUUUGUUUAUUUUUUAUAUAUAAAUAUAUUUUAUACACAUUUAUAUAUUUAUAUAUAUAUAAAUAUUUUUGAUUUACUACCAUGUAUCACACCAAUUUAAAUACCAACAAUUGCCAUCUAUCAGAACAUCAUCUUCCCGCACAUGACAGUCCCCCUUUAAUCGAUAUCACCAUAACUACAAAUCACCAUAAACUCAAGCAUCCUCUAGAAGAUUGUGAUAAUUAUGAUGUUAUCAAACACCUAGAAAUCUUAAAGACUAGACUUGGAUUUGCUCGUUUCAAGUUAAAAAAUGGAUGGGAGAAAAACGCUCUUCCAGAUGUAGAGGGAAUGUGGAAACAACGCCAGAAACAGAUAGUCGAUCAGAUACCAACUCCUCGGAUGACCCAGCGUGACAUAAUCGAAAAGCGUGUCUACAUUCAAUCUCCUGGCGCACGAUCCGCACAGACCAAGAAAGCAAGAUUGACGCGCUCCCUAUCCAACCCAACUGAACUUCUGGACUCCAAAGAUCGCACAGAUUCACUGACUUUUGCCUGUGCAACUGCAGCAUACAAAACCCCCGUCAGAGCAAAAGAUGACAGUUUUCUCUAGAAUUAACACACACAUACACACACACACACACACCCGCAUAUAAUUUACCCUCCACUUACUCACAAACCUCUCAAUCUUUUAUCUAUCCCUCUCUUUAUAUAUCAUUAUUACUAUUCUUACUAUUUACUUUUACUCGU